CACGGACACAAUUAAGUGUGACACACAAAACAAAAAAAGUUUCACCCGCUGAGAAAACAAACUAACUCUAAACUUUAACUCUACCUUUACCUGCUCACUGUAAGUCUUUCACUCUACCUUUACCUGCUCACUUCUCUGGUUUCAGGUGCGUGGAGGUGACGAGUGAAGAGGUAAAAAAAUGUCUGAGCUAAGUGACGAAGCCAGUGAGUCGGAGCAACUGGGUGCCAGCCUGUCCCUGUGGCUGGGCGACUCCCUGGUGCGGCCCGAGGAGCUGGACGUCCCUCUGGACCUCCACACUGCCUGCUCCAUCGGCCAGUACGACGUGGUGGCAGAGUGCAUCAAAAAACGUGAGGUGGACCUGAAUGGCAAGAACAUCGGAGGAUGGACCCCACUGAUGUAUGCAUCUUAUAUCGGCCAUGACAACAUUGCAAAUCUCCUGCUGGAGGCAGGUGUGAAUGUAAAUGCUACUACGGCCAAAGGAUUAACCCCCUUGAUGCUGGCAGCGAGCUGUGGGAAUGAAAGUAUCGCAUACUUUCUGCUUCAGCAAGGCGCUGAGUUGGAGCUGAAGGACUCUCGAGGCUGGACCGCUCUGUUCCACUGCACGAGCACAGGCCACCAGCAGAUGGUCAGGUUCCUGCUGGAUAACAAUGCUGACGCCAACGUCAAGGAGCCAGGGUCUGGUUUCACUACCCUGAUGGAGGCUGCUGCUUCUGGACAUGAAAUCAUUGUUCAGUACCUGCUUGAUCAUAAAGUCAAAAUAGAUGACCGCAACGCUAAAGGAGAGACUGCUCGUGCCCUAGCGAUGAUGUAUAGCUACACCAAGAUCGUCAGCCUCAUUGACUCGCGUUCCCCGAGGACCAAACCGGGACAUUUUGAAGACCUGAGCUCCUCCGAGGACUCGGACAGCGCGCCCCCACGGAUAAGGCCGAGUCGAAACCGAGCUAAAGGCGUUAGCAUCCAUGAUGGGCCGCAGGCCAUUGCCAAGUUCCGAGUAGGAGGCACCAGCAAACUGUCUGAGCCUCCUGCAGCGCCGCCAGGCUUCAUGACGUUCCGGGAUAUCGGCGAAAAGAGCGAGGGCAUUCGCUACCGUGACGUGACCUCGCCCAUCAACGAGCUGGACGGCCAGAGCAAUAGCAGCAGAGAUGACAGUCCGUUCUUUGAAAACGACAUGCCCACCAUGAGGAGCAGCAGCAGCAGCAGCGAAGGCCUGCCUCAGGUGAUCAGCCUCAACUGGGAGGGCUCAGUGGAGAGCAACGAGGACUCUGACCAGUGCAAAAAGAGCAGCUCUCGCAGAGUAAAUAAGAGCCAUCACGCAAAAGGCAAGAGUCGCCACGGAAGCAACAAUGCAGCUCACUCCAGCGGUACAGGGAACAGUGGGAUACUCUCACAAGUUGGUCUACCACCCUCCUACUCUGGUCCAAAGGAUCUGGCCGAGUUCUUGGAACAAAUUGGCUUCUCUAAGUAUCUCCCCGUACUCGAAGAGCAAGACAUUGACCUGCGGAUAUUUCUCACCCUGACUGAAAAUGAUCUCAAAGAAAUAGGGAUCACAUUGUUUGGACCCAAGCGCAAGAUGACCUCGGGCAUCGCAAGGUGGCACAGCAGCGCUCGACCCCCCAGCGACGCUCUGGAGCAGGCUUACGCCGACCAGCUUGAAGCUGAGAUGCAGGAGAUGGCCAUUCAGCUACACAAACACUGUGAGGAGGCGGAGGGCCUGCAGAGCCAGGUGUCUCAGGAGAAGGAGCUGCGUACCGUGAUGGAGGGGUGUCUGAUGGAGGACAAGAUGGCGUGGAGGAGGGUACACGCCGAGCUGGUGGAGAACCACCGGCUGGCUCAGGAGAUGAGCGCCACGCUGGCUAAGUCCAGAACCUGUAGCGCUGAACUGCUCUCCUGUUUCAAUACUGAUGGGAAUACUGGCGUGGAAGAUGAAACAAAAGGUGACAACGGUGUUAAAGCCGAGGAGGGCCUGACUCGCUCCGGUGUUGCAGAGCUACUAAAGAAGCUGGAUUCCUAUGAAGAAGAACUGGCGGGGACCCUGCAAACUGUGCUUCAGAGUCUGAGGCGACUGAGUGCCCCCGAAAAAGUCUCCGAUAGCUGGGAACGGCCUUAACCUUUUAAAAAUAGGCUUUUAGCCAAUAUUUGACGGAGGGUGAUGUAACCACCCUGAACUAUCUCACUGAAAUGAGAGAAGGCCAAAGACAAGGCCUGCCCUGCUAGACUGGAGCGCCUCGGGGAUACGGAUCAGCUGACCUGCUGUUCCUCCGGGAGUGGCCGAUGGACCAGAGCUCGCCAGACGUGGACAAGGCCAAGGAGUGACGGCAGCUACUGCAGGAGAAAUGACAAACAGGCAGGAAGGGUACCUGACCUUCACACGCUUGCGCUGGUUUAUACUGGACUCCAGUAGUUGGAGAGGAGGAGGGACUGAUCGCCGAUCAGAGGCUGUGAUACUGUGAACUGUUUCUAAAAAAACUGUACUCUCUUCUUAUAUGAAAUGUGGUUUAAAUGAUGUUCAAGCCACAGGCCGAAGAGGUACAUUUCUUAAAAGUAGUCGAAGUCCAAAGACGUUCUGCGGAGUUAUACGUUAUUUGAAUGAAAUCUUAUUUGUGUGCUGUUGUUUGAAAAUAGCGUCCUGCUGAAUGCAAUUUUUAAGAGAAAUGUGUAUCAUUUACAGCAAUACAUUAUGUUACACCAGAUUUCUCAGUGGUGCAAUGAAGUGGUUAGUAUAUCAUUCAGGUCCACUGUGUAGCUUCCCAAAUGUGAUCUGACUUACCCGGAAAUUCUCCCUAAUCUUGCCAGAUAGUCUUGGUUGUAUUUGGACCUGAAUUAAAACGUUGUUGCCUGAAAGUUGAGGGGUGGACACUUCAA